UAGAGAGGAUCAGGACAUGUUUUCGUCCUUUUGUUUUCCGUAAUGUAUCACAGAUUUACGAAUAUAUGUUAGUCUGAGACAUAAUUUUGUCGAUGACUGUGCAUCGUGAUUCUCACGCGGUGUUCAUUCACGAAAUACGUUGCAGUUGCAUUUUGAAAUCAACGAAUCUUUCCCCUUUUUAAGAUACUUGUGUGGACCAAAAAAAGUGUCGUUACCACGCCUCCUAGAUUGACGAUAAGAAAAGAGUCUCUUAUUGGCAGUCAACCAGCAAAUCCGGUCGAAUUGAUAACAGAUCGAAACGCAUUUUUAUCAAGGAAUUCCCUUCGAAGCGCAAGUGAGCCGGAGUGAACCGCGUCGUCUGUUUCCCCGAAGCCAGUUCGGCGUCUGUCGGGCUCAUCUCAUCUCGGAUUCUCGCCGUUAUUGCGUCUCUUUGGUGUACCGUCGUGACGCUGAUGACGUCGUCAGUAAUCAUUUUUCCAUUCUAGGAACAGAGGGUACAGUUUCACACCAGCGUUAAUUUCCCGCCCCAGUAGUGCUUUUGUUGUCCUGUUUCUUCACAAUGUCUUGGUAUUAUACGCCCAAACCGACGGUCGUGCCGGCGGAAGAGUUUGAUGCGUCCGCGGACGCCAAUGCACUUCGCAAGGCGAUGAAGGGAUUCGGUACGGAUGAGCAGGCCAUCAUCGAUAUUCUCUGUGCGCGAUCGAAUGCCCAACGACAGGAGAUCUCGGAAGCGUUCAAGCGAGAACUCGGUCGCGAUUUGAUUGCUGAUCUCAAGUCGGAACUGGGCGGGAAGUUUGAGGAUGUCAUUCUGGCACUUAUGCUGCCCCCGGAGGAGUAUCUGUGCAAGCAGCUACACAAAGCGAUGGACGGUAUCGGAACCGACGAGAAGGCGCUGAUUGAAAUCAUCGCCCCGCAAACGAACGAUCAGAUCAAAGCCAUCGUUGACUGCUACGAAGGAAAGUACAACCGACCGUUGGCGGAGCAUAUCUGCUCGGAAACGUCGGGUAGCUUCCGCCGGCUGCUGACGAUGAUCAUCGUAGGAGCCCGCGAUCCGCAGGGCACCGUUGAUCCGGAGCUAGCCGUCGAGCAGGCCAAACAGCUGUACGAUGCCGGUGAGGGAAAGAUGGGCACGGAUGAGGAGGUGUUUUACAAGAUUCUGGCUCACGCCUCCUUCGACCAGCUGGAGAUUGUGUUCGAAGAGUACAAGAGCUUGUCGGGACGCACGAUCGAGCAGGCGCUGAAAGCAGAACUGAGCGGUGAGCUGUACGAUGCGCUUAGCGCGAUCGUCGAGUGUGUCCAGAUGGCUCCCCAUUUCUUCGCCAAACGACUUCAUAAAGCCAUGGACGGUGUUGGUACGGAUGAUGCCACGCUGAUCCGGAUAAUCGUUUCGCGUUCUGAGAUCGAUUUGCAGAACAUUAAGGAUGAGUACGAGCAAAUGUACAACAAAACAUUGCUGAGUGCAGUAAAGGAUGAAACAUCUGGAGACUACAAACGCGGCCUUUGUGCCUUGAUCGGAAAUGCCUAAUCGUCCAUAGCAGCAAGGGGACAGCAGCUCGUGCACAAUGCAUCCGUUUUAUGGGUAAAACUGUUUCAUGCCAAGCAUAUUACGUACAAUUGGUUGGUUCUACAUUACAGUGUAUCGGUGUCUACUAACGUUCUCUAUAAUAAAUCGAACGAAUCGACCUAUGUCAAACGCUACGCUCGAAGGAGUGAAUUCAAUGUCUCAUUCUCAGUCUCACAGUUCUACCUAAUGAUAGCCCGACCACUGUAUUGGCGC